AUGCUGCGUCAAACUUUCCGCCUUGGACAACGUAGCAUUGCUCAACAAGCUACAUGUUACAUAUCCCAAGCCCGCACUUUCCAGGCAACGGCGCGUUUGCUUUCUGGUGAUAAGGACACCGGCUCUGCCCCUCACUUCAGCCGAAAUCUCGAUGACAAGCUCAACUACUUUAACAAAGAGUUGACGGCGACGAAAUCAGAGAUGGCACGCCUCGUUGAUAAAUCGGACAUGAGAUUCGCAAGCCUUGAAUCAGAGAUCAGACACCUUCGAUCAGAGGUCAAAUCAGACAUGGCACACCUUCGAUCAGAGGUCAAAUCAGACAUGGCACACCUUCGAUCAGAUAUGACACACCUCGAAAAGAACAUCACUAUGGAGAUAGGGUCAAGACUGGAUAAAUUUGAGAAUCGAUUUUUAAUUCGAAUGGUCUUCGCUGCAUUUGUUGUAGUGGGUGGUACCGUCGCUGCCACUAUUCUACGAAACCCGAAUCCUGCUGUUCAGACUCCUACGACUCAGACUCCUUCGACCCAGACUCCUACGACCGAGACUCCUACGACCGAGACUCCUACGACCCAGACCCCUACGACCUAG